AUGCAUGCAAGAAGGGUUUUUUUUGUUGGUUGCAUAUCGAUCAUUGGAGUAGAUGGAUGCCACUUGAAGGGUCCUUUCUCAAGUCAAUUGUUAGGUGCAGUGGGGGUUGAUGCUAAUGAUAACAUGUACCCAGUAGCAUAUGCUAUUGUGGAGUUAGAAACUAAGGAGACAUGGAGCUGGUUUUUGGAGUUGCUAAUGGAUAUCUUAGUUUCGUAG